AUGUCGAACAUCACAAUAGCAAACAGCUCAUUGAUUUCCACAAGCCCUAGUCAAGCUCAAUUAAUCGAGUUUGUUAAUUUUCUAAACAAAAUCAUAUCUCAAUAUGGUCUGGCUGUUAUUUGGUUGAUCGGAAACAUCGGAUCUAUCCUAAUGUGCAUUGUUUUCACUCAGCCGACUUACCGUCAUAGUCCGUGCGCCAUAUUUUUCCUCGCUGCUAGUCUUUCUCAAUUCUUCACUUACAACUUCGCUCUGUUGACUCAUAUGCUUUGUAAUGGAUAUGGUGUUUAUGCUUUGAGAAAUUCUUUAUGGUAUUGCAAACUGCUUUCAUAUCUACUUUAUAUCUCUGUCAGCAUUCCUCGGUAUGAUAUUAUCCUAGCAUCGAUGGAUCGUUAUUUCGCUAGUUCACCUGAGGUGAUUUAUCGUCAAAGGAGUUCGCCGAAGAUCGCCUUUCGUCUAAUUCUGGCAAACGUUCUAAUUUGGAGUUUGUUGUACAUUCAAGUAAUCGUUAUCUAUGACAUAGAGGACGGCAUAUGCACAUAUCCAUCAAAUGCCUACGGAAUAUUCUUUAGUAUUUAUAUCGCGCUCGACACUGGAGUUUUACCGUUACUUCUCAUGCUUACUUUUGGUUUGUUGACAGUACGGAAUGUUCAUCAAAUGAAAAACCGCAUUGGGCCAGGUGUACGACCGAAUCAGACAAGAUUAUCCAGGAAGGAUCUUCAGUUACAUCGCAUGUUAGCAAAUCAAAUCGUUUUGUUUGUUAUUUUAAAUGUUCCUAAUCCAGCUUAUCUUAUUUAUCAAUCAAUAACAUUACGACUUCUUGAUUCUCCACUUCGUCGUACAAGUGAGGUAUUUGCAGAAAGUAUGACAUAUGUUUUGAUCUAUCUGGGAUUCUCCUUGACAUUUUGUAAUUUUAUGAUUUCAUCGACAAUCUUUCGAAGAGAGUUUCAUCGAUUAAUUCGAACGAAGAUACUUCGUCGACCUGAUUUGUGA